AUGAUGACGCCUGGUACCAACAACCCCAUCCCGGCGCCGGUAAGGUUGGCACCGAUCAUAAGGGCUCCUGAAAGAGAAGCGAACAACACGCAGAGGCGUGGCCAACACUCGCAGAGACAACCUGUUUUGAUACCCGAACCGAUGUUCACGAUGUAUGUCAACUCGACAGAGUGCCGACACUCUGUUGAUCUGAUGAAAGAGGUCAGAGAUGUACACCGGCUGCCGUGCAACGUGGUAGACGUCGCGAGCGGUGUCAACAUUCCCACGUGGCUGAAAGGAACGCCGAGUAUCGUCGUCGGCAAGGACGUGUACUGCGGGGACACCGCGUUCGAUUUUGCGACGUCUGUUGGCCUUCAGCACCAUCAGAGCCAGGGAUGCUCCCCUCGUGCAUUCGAUCAGACGUCUUCGUUCCAAGAUAUGGUGUCGGGGAAGGGAGGGGGGAAAAACGACGGCAUAGGGUGCGGUCUCUCGAAGGCCUUCUCCCCCCCUGUCUCUAUAUCUGAAGCAGAUGCGGAGAAGAAGUAUUCCGGGUCGGUUGACGACGCUAUGGCAAGGCUGAUGCAAUCUCGUGGAUAA